AUGCAGCAUUCUCAACAGCAGCAGCAGCAGCAAGCCAAGUCCUUUACUAUCGACGCGAUUCUGGGUCUGAGAAAUAAUCAACGAGAAAAGCGCAGUCAACAGCAACAGUACAGGAAACAUCAAGGACAAGAAGGCUUAACGAAGAACGGUAGUUCGAGUUCCGGUUCCAGUGGGGGCGGGAAGGUAAAGAGAGUGCGAACAAUUUUUACGGCUGAACAAUUAGAACGUCUCGAGGGUGAGUUCGCACGUCAGCAAUACAUGGUGGGUCCUGAAAGAUUGUACCUUGCUCACGCGUUGCGACUAACCGAGGCCCAAGUCAAGGUCUGGUUCCAGAAUCGCCGCAUCAAGUGGCGAAAGCUUCACCACGAGCAACAGACACAGAGAGUGCACGAGUUUCAGCGCACGUUGAAUUCCUCAUUAGAACACGAAGACAGCAACGAAACUGAUAAAUGGUGA